AUGUUCAUUGAACAAAAUAAGGAUCAAGGAUUCUUCAAGCAUCAAUUGCCUCAAAAUUAUAUAAUCUAUGAUACUGCACCCAAUUGGGGGAAAAAUGCACAUAUACCACACAAUGAAGUACAGAAUAAACAUGACAUCUUAUCAGACCUCGUGUCACAUGUUUUACGAAAUACUAAUAUAAGCCUAUUUCAUUAGCUAGGACGAUCAUCAAUUAUAAACCAAAUGAGGCAGGAUUAUUAUCAUUUAAAAUUAAUGACAAAGUUACAGUUUAUAGUAAAGAGGCAGGCAGGAGAAAAGAUUUAUGGGGUGUAGAGAUAAAUGGUAACCAUGGAUAUAUAUCAAAAUCAUUUGUAAGAGAAUAUAAAAUUUUACAUAAAGAUUUACAAUAUGAAGUUUCGAUUGAUCCAUUAUUUAAAAACAACAUUUCAUCGAAUGAGAAGCUUCAAUCGAAGAAAUCAAAUAUUGAAAAUAAAUCAGACAUCAAAGCUUCUAAUGAACAAAUUGAUAAUUUGGAUUUAAAAUCCUCAAAAGAACUGCCACAGAGUGGAAAUAGUAUAACUCCAUCUUAUGAGAUUAUAGAUGGAACUACAGUCCACUUAGAUCACAAUAAGCCUUUUGAACCAACCUUUGUAAAAGAAAAUGUACAAGCAACAAUAGCAUCCAAUGGACAAAAUGGAGUUGAAGUCUUAAAUAAAUUAGAAACCAAAGAACAAGCUUCUAAUAAAGCUGAUUUUGAAGAUUUUGUAAAAAGUUCAGAGAACAUAUUAGAUUUACCACAAAUAUCUGGCAUACAUAGUUCACCAUUGAACAUAAGUACACUUUCUGAUAAAGUAGAAUAUCCAACAGAGAAUGUAGAGAAUAAGACGCUUAUUAAUAUAGAAGAUAAUCAAUUCUCGGACAAAAUUAUUAACAAUCUACAAAUAUCUACAGUUAAGAGUUCCAAGGAAGAAUCAAAUAUCGAAAAAGAAAAAGUGAGUGAAUUAAAUAAAGAAGAUGAUAUCAGCUCUAAUGAAACAGUUGUAAAUAACACUACAUCAGAUGUACAAAGUAUGGGAGUCACUGAACAAACUAAGAGUGUAGAUAUUCAAUCGUUACAAAAUGCUACAACAUCUGAAACUCAAUCACAUAUACAAAAUGCAGAAAAUUCUAGUAAAAUUAAAACAGAUAUCUUUCCUCCAGCAAGUAAAGAAAAUGUUGAAAAUUCUGAUUUUAAAAUUGAAACAAAAGAUAUUCAGUUUCCUCAAAAUGUUACAAUAAUUGUGACUAGUGAUACUAAAUCAGAUGAACAAAGUGUAGAAAACUCUGAUAAAGUUGAAACAGAUGUUAAUUCUUCAGUAAAUGUUGCCAUAAUUGCGAUCAAUGACACUAAAUCUGAUGAGGACAAUGAAAGUUCUGAUCAAAUUGAAAUAAAAGAUAUUCAGUCUUCUCAAAAUGUUAAAAUAAUUGCAACCAGUAAUACUAAAUUAAAUGAACAAAGCGCAGAAAAUUCUGAUAAAGUUGAAAAAGAUGUUCAUCUAUUAGUAAGUGCCAUAGUCGCGACUAAUGACACUAAAUCUGAUGAAGAAAAUGCUGAUAGUUCUGAUCAAAUUGAAACAAAAGAUAUCCAGUCUCCACAAAAUGUUACAAUAAUUGCGACUACUAAUACUAAAUCAAAUAUACAAAAUGCAGAAAAUUCUGAUAAAAUUGAUGUAGAAAAUUUCUCAUUAUUAGAAAGUAUUAAAACUCGUAUAAAAAAUUUGGAAUUACAAACAGAAGAACAAACACAAUUACAAGUAGAACAAGAUGAUUCAAGAAAAGUAAAAGAAAGCAAAAACAUUGAAAAUUUAAGUAAAUAUAACAUUGAAGAAGAUGUAAACAAUAAAGUAUCAGUUGUUACUGAUACCAAUAAUAUUGAAGAAAAAAUAACAUCAGAUAUUCAAUAUAACUUAGAUUCUGAGGAGAAUACUUUGGCAAUAACUAAGGAAAUAUCUGAGAAUACCUUUUAUAGGGCAGAAGGAACAAGUUUCUCAAAAUAGUGAAAAUGCUCCGAUAAAUGGGAUAAAAAUUGAAAAUUAUUGGUUAACAUUAAUAUAUCUAAGUGUCACUGCUAUUGCAAUACUUAUGUUUUCUUUAGGAUACUACUGCAUUGAGAAUAUGAGGAGUGAUAGACAACUGAUAGCUAGAAUCAACAAACUUGAAAAAGAUUUACUUAUUUCAGAAGCAGAAUGUACAAUGGUGAACGAAAAUUUAAAAUCAACAAAAGAAAAGAAUGCGAAAGCGGAAUUAGAAGAUCAAGUAGCCAUGUUGGAAAAAGAUUUAGAAAGUGCUACUGAAGCUGGAUUAGAAUUAGAAAAAAUGUUGCGGGAAGUUCUUUCGUCAAAUAAUGAAGUUAAUCCGUUAGCUCAGUCAGUUGAGGAUCUACAAAGUCGAUUGAAUGCUCAACAAGCUGCAAAUGAAUCUUUAACAAAUGCCUUAAAUCUUAAAACUCAAGAGAACGAAUCUGUAUCGGCAGAGCUUUCAUUUAUUAAAAGGAAAUACGAAGAUCUUGAAAUUGAACUUACUAAACUUAAAGAAAAUUUAAAACUAGAAGUAAACAGUAAGAAUGAUAUCGAACGAACAUUGAAUGAUAGGGUGCAACAAUUAGAAAUGCAAAUCAAAGAAAUUUCUACUGAAAAAGCAACCUUACAAAAAGCGUUGAAAGGUAAAGAAGUAGAAGUAAAAGACCUUGUAGAUGUCAUUAAUCGAUUGAAUUCUAACAACUUGGAUUUGGACAAGUUGUAUGAUGUAUCUCAUAUUAAAGCUGAGGCAAAAGCAUUGCUUGAAGAAAGAAACGAAUUAAAAAUACGAUUGGCCGAAACUGAAGGAGCUCAUAAUUUAUUAGAAGAACACGUAAAAGUUAUUAAAGAGGAGAUAACUACUUUAACUGAACAGUGUAAAAUAGCAGAAAAAGAAAAAAAAGAUGCAGAGACACGACUUGAAGUAUUGACAAAUUUUUUCGAGGAAAAAGAAGCACAACGCCAAAGGUAAUAGCUCGUCAGGUUGAACGUCGUUUGGAGGAAUCGAAGGUUGAAGCAGGUCAAUUGCGUAAUCGCCUUACUCUAAUAGAAAAAAAUAUUAAUGACGUAGAUUCUGAGGCAAAAUUACAUCGACUGGAAGCAAAUGGUGAGACGACAACGUCGCCUCCAUUAUUCAUAGGAGCAGAAUCAUCCAGUUCUCCUAUAAUAUUUUCUGGUUCUUCAAGUGUUCCACCGCCACCACCACCUUCCUAUUUACAUUCACUAUUUCCUCCGUAUUUACCACCUCCGUUGCCAAAUACGUCCGGAGUGCCACCAUAUGAAGUUGGUCAGCGGCCGCCACCACUUGGUGGUCGGUUAUCCUCACCUCCACCUAUGUCUUUGCAUCCACCUGCUCCCAACAGGUAUGAUAAUACAGGUUCCCCACCACCAAUGUCUCCACACUUGCUUCCUCCUUUUAAUCAUAGAUCACCUCCACCUCCGUUUGCUAACGAUAUUCAUCCACCUCCUCCACCUCCUGGUUCGAUAUUACCACCACCUCUUGGAACGUCGCAUGUAUGGGGGGAAGAAACACUGCCGCCUCCACGCAAUUCUGGUUUCCAUCAGGCACAACGAGAACGAGUUAGAAAUCACAAAGGUUCCUUACAUUCUUCAGGAGAAUCACUGGACAAAUCACACCAUAACAGCAAAGUCUGAGUCUUUUGUUAUGAAAUAUCUUCGUAUAUGCGUUAAACUUGUCAUUGUAGCUAUAAAAUAUAUUUAGUUAUUAAACAAAAUUUCAAUAAAUAAAUAACAAUGAUAUGUUAAGGCUAAUAGAUCAACUAGCAUUUACUACUUCAUGAAAUAAAAAAUCAUGCAUUUUGAUUUAUCAAAUGUGAUAAACAUGUAUUGCUAUCAGAAAUACAUCUGUUAGCCAUCAUUGUUAUAUAAAUAAGGGAGAAAAAGCAAAUUGUACAUAUAUAUUCUUUAGAAACGUACUGAAGUAUAGGACAAAUUGUAAAAAUGUUUCUUUAUACAUGUAAUUAUGUAAAUCUUCGUUUAUCUUCGUAAAUCAUUCAGACAAGAAAUAAAUUGUAAUAUGAAUUUAGAUUAAAUACAAUUGUUAUAUAAGAUUUUAAAGAAAUUGAAAUAAAUUGUAAUUUAUUAUUAUGUUAUGUUUCAUAACUUUUAUGACCUUCAGUUGCUACGCACGUACAUACAUAUACCAAAAAUUAUCAAGCAUUGAAAAUUAUACAUUUAUUACCCAUAGCUUUCUUUUUACAUUUUAUAAACAACAAUGUAGAAUUUUGUCUACAUUGAUGAAUCUUUUAAUAAUUAAUACUUACAGUAUUCACAAUUCAACAAAGAGGAAUGCAAUAAUUAUAUUAUAAUUCUAUGACUAAUGAGUCGUAAUUUUAUAAAAAUUCGUCUUGUUCUUCGAUCAUCUUAUAUCACAUGUAAUGGAUAUGGAUGGUCAACUACAAAGUUGCAUAAAGAAAUAUACAUACAUAAUAAUAAUGUAAUAAUUGUUUUAUGCCAAAAAUACUACAAAAAAUAUGAAGAAAAAUAUAAGAACCGCGAAAAUUUUUAUCAUUAACCACCUGUUAUUAGUUACAGAUUGGAAAUAUUUUAAAAUUUCUGCAUGUGCCGCUUCCACAUUCAAUUCUGUAUCUUCUAUAUUGCUAUCUAUCCUUUCUACCAUUUCUUCUUGUUCCUUGACCAUGUGUGCUAAUUGUUGAAAAAUUCCACCGAGUUCAACUAUAGUUGAUUCAAUGCUUUGCAUUGCUUCUGCUCUUGAUUGGACAUAUGUAUCAUUAUCAUCUUGAAUUGCUUGUUGCAUUGUUAAUUGUCCCAUUGCUGGUUCCAAAUCUAUAGCUACAGAAGAAGGCGAAUUUUCUUCUUGCAGCAACAAUGAACCUUGUUUUCCAGUUACACUUGGAGGUAACAUGGUAGAUACAGAUCCUUGAGUGAAUUGUUGUCUUCUACUUUGUUCUUCUCUCAUAUUCUCUGACCUUACUUCGAGUACAGUUUUAAAAUGAUUUGACAUAUUUGCUAACUUUGAUUGUAAGGCCAUAACAAUUGAUGAUGAAUGCGAGGCCAUGUGAUGACUCUGAGAAGCACCAUAUCCUUCCCGUUGCUUUUUACUAAGUUCUUGUAGUUUUCCUAUUUGAUGAUUCAAACUUUUCAAAUCUGUUUUUAUAAUAUUUGUUAAUUCUUCAAUUUCCAUUUGUCUGUCAUUGAAUAUAGAUUUUCUUUUUGCCACUAAUGCAAGCUUUUCUAGUUUAGCAUAUGUGCUUGCUAUAUUCUUUCCAAUACUCUUAGCUAUCAACAUAAAGUUUGAGUAACUCUGUAAUUGACGUGCUCGACGAGGAUUUUGCAAAAUCGCUGUUCGAGCUACGGUUCUGCUCUGCAUUGUUCGAAUAGCGUUAACAAAUUCAUUGGUCCUGUCGCGCGACGUCAUUGUCGCGACUAUGAUUCCCGUUUACUUUCCUCCGUUUCCGACACGUCCACAUGACAGCUAUACCCUGUACGGUGAAUUUUGCCACUUUAUUCUUGACAACGUCGAGUAUCAAGGUACACACUUGCCAAAACGAAAUAUCAUUAUAGGUCACUUAGGAUUUCCAUUAGACAUCCCAUAAAUUUUAAUUAGUCUGAAGUGCGACGAGGUCACCAUAAGGAUUGCCAUGUCAUAAAUAUAUGUGUACUCGA